AUGCAACGAACUCUUGAUUAGAGGUAAACCACUGAAUAAAUUAGGCGAAAUAACAAUUAAAAUAAUGCAGAUCUUCUUCUUUCAGUUUAUGAAUUAACUGCAAGGUCAUCUCUAUAAAUUGGACAAAGACCUAGAUAAUAGAGUCAAAGUAGAGAAAAAUAUAAAUUUAAAUAAUGCGAAUAAAAGAAAGUAGAUUUGAUGAGUAUAUCAUCACCAGGAAGUUAAAAAAAGCUACCUCUUUCACCUUAGUUAAAAUUAUAAUCUCCUAGAGAACCUGGCUUAAUUUUUAAUUUAAUUAGAGCAGCAAAUAAUGCAAUUGAAAAUAAUACAGAUGAUAAAAUUAUUAGAACUUAUAUGUAAAUUAGAACAUAAGUAGAAAUGAGAUUAGUAAUUAUUAUAUUAAUUAUUAGGAUGUUUUAGAAUCUGCAGAUUCAUUAGCUGUAUAAUUAGAAAAGAUUAAAUAAGAAAAUGAUACAUUAAGAAAAAGAGUUAGUGAUAACAUUAAUUCAUAAUCUCUAUCAAAUUUGGCAUAAUUAAAAAUGCAAUUAUAAAAGGCUGAAAAAAAAGCAGAAGUAUAUUAAAUUAUAAUUAUUUAUAGAGUAGAAAAGUAUGUAUCAAGAAAUUGUAUUAAUUAUUAGACAAGAGUGAGAAGGAAUUAGAAUUAUAUAAAUCAGGUAAGAAAAGUGCCAAAACAUCUUUUUCAAAAAAGAAUGAAUUAAAUGAAAUAUUAAAUGGAACAUAUCCAAAAAAUAAAGAAAAUAUACCUGAAACUUAUGAACCUUUGUUAUUAUCAUUAAUUAAGGAUAUAGAUUAGAAGAAUUAUGAAGCUAUUGAAAAUCUAUAAAAGAAUAACAGUUUGAAUACAGAUAUCGAUAUUGAGAAGAAUGCUCUCAUCUAAAAUUCAUUAAGUAACUACUCAUCUCUAUUACAAAGAAUCUUUUAAGCUUAUGUGUGAAUAGAAGGAAGAGAUUCUCAAAUAUUCUGCUUAAAUCUGUGAGAAUAAUUAAGAUCUAUGGAAGAAGUUUUUAGAAAUUGAUUUAACAUGCCAAAAAUAGAUUUCUACUCUUAGAUAAGCUAUAUCUGAAUUAGAAACUAAUAUUAAAUCUUAUUAUUAAUAUUUAAAUAAGAUUGGUCAUUAUUCAGCAUAAAAAUUCUAAGAUGCUUAUCAAUUUUAAGGAAUUAUUGGUGAUAGCAUAGCAAAAUGGCUUAAAUAAUUAGGUGAAAUUUAAGAAAUCAUUAAUUAAAGAGAAUCUGAAUAAUAUGAAUUUUAAUAAUUUUAAGAAACUCUUGUAAUGAGAUUAAAAGAAAUUAUAUAAAAUAAUAAAAUAGUUCAUAAAUAAAAUGAUUUUAAAGGAUUAUUAGAUGCUAUUAAUGAUAGAUUAUUUAAUUAAUCAGAAGAAAUAUUAUUAAUAAAUAAAGAAUUAAAUAAUACUCAUAUCAAAACUAAAUAAUAAAUAGAAGAUUUAUAAAAUAAAUUUAAAUUAGAAUUUACUAAUUAUGAAUUAUAACUUAAAAAUUAUAAAGAACUUUAUGAUCAACUUUAAAAUACAAAUAAGGAUUUAUUAAAUAAAAAUGAAAAUUUAUAAAUUGAAUUUAAUAGAUAAGCUUAAAUUAGUGUUUCAGCAUUAUAAAAUAAAUAAUAAGAAAUAUUAACUCUUAAUGAAUAAACUAAAAAAUUAAAAGAAGAUAUUACUAAAUCCUAAGAACUUAAAUUAACUUAUAAUGAAUAAUAAACAUAAAUUAAUUAAUUCAAAAAAGAAAUUGAAAGAUUAAAUUAAGUUAUAUUAUAAAAUUAAUCAAAAUAAUCAUAAUAAGAAGAAAAUCUACUUACUGUUAUUGAAUAAAAUAAAUAAGAAAUUACAAGAUUACAUCAAUUAAUUAUUGAUCUCCAUAGUUAAAUAGAAUAAUCUGAUAAUCAAAUAUAAUUAUUAAAAGAAGCUGAAUAAAUUAUUAAAGAUAAAAUUAAUAAAGAUAAUAUUUUAUAUUAAGAAAAGAUUAAGAAAUUAUAAGAAAUUAUAUCAAAUAAGGAUAUUGAACAUUCUGCAUUAGAAGAAGAAUAUAAAGCUAUUUAAUCAUAAAAUGUAGAAUUCUAUUCUUAAUAAUAAUAAGAUUAAGAUACAAUUAAAUUAAUUAAAAAGGAUCUUUAAAAGAAUUAAGAAUAGUAUGAACAAAAAAUAAAUGAAUUUAUUAAAUUAUCUGAAAAGUAAUUAUAUGAAAUUAAAGAUCUAUCAGAAAAGUAUUAAUAAACAGAAAAUGAAAGAAGAAACUAAGAUGAAACUAUUUAGAAAUUAAAAAAAGAAUUACUAAAAUAAACUAAUGAUCAUUAAAAAUAAGUUAAAACAUUAUAAGAUCAAUAAAAAUAAUCAUAAGAAAUGUUAUAAUAGAAAUUAUAAUCUUUUGAAAGACUUAAUGAAUAAAAUUAAAUGAUUAUUAAUGAAUAGAAAAAAUUAUUAAAUGAAUCAUAAGAAUAGUUACAGAAAGUAAACUAAGAGAAUGAAGCAUUAUUAUAAAAUAACAGCGAAUCAAUGUGUUCAAUGAAAGAAUAAUAUGAAUUAUAAGCAUUAGAAUUAAAUUAAACAAAAUAAGUUGUACUUGAUCAAUAAGAACUAAUAUAAAAUUAACAAUUAUUAUAUCAUGAUACAUAAUAAGAAUGUUAAAAAUUAAAGAAAUAAUUUGAACAAUAAGAAAUUGUUAAUAAAUAAAACUAAUUAGAAUUAAAUAAAAAUAUAUAAGAUCAAACAAAUCUUAUAAAUUAAUUAAAAAUUAAUCUUGAAUAAUCUGAUAAAAAGCAUAUUGAAAAGAAUACUUCAAUAGAAGAAUUAUCUUAAACUUUAAUUGUUACUUAAAAUUAAAUAUCAUAAUUGAGAUUAGAAUCUACAUAGCUUAAUAAUACAAUUGAACAAAAUUAUAAAACUAUUCAGGAAUUGUAAUCUUAGUUAUAGAUUUAAUCUUCAUCAUAUCAAACAGAAAUACAUUUAUUAAAAAAUGAAUUGUAACAAAUUGAAGAUUAAAAAAAAUAGGAAAAAGAAUCUACAUUAUUGGAAAUUUACAAAUAGGUCUAAGAAUUGUAAGUUUAGCUUUAGUAAUAAAAAGAUCAAUAUUAAAAUACUAUAGAAUAACAUUAAAAUUAAAUUAAACUUAAUUAAGAAAAAUAUGAUUUAGAAAAAUAAUAAGAAGUUAAUCAAAUUAACAGUUUAAUGUAAUAAUAAAUUUCAAUUAAAGAAGAAGAAAAAUAAGGUUUAUUAGAAUAAAUCAAAACACUAGAAAAUAAAAUAGUAUUAUUAGAUUAAAAAUAUAAAGAUAUAAAUUUACAAUCCCAAUCUAAUUAAAAUUUAUAUAGACAAUUAAUUCAAUAAUUUGAGACUUUAUAAUAAGAAUCUUAAGAUGAAUAAUAAAAAUGGAAAGAUUAAAUCUAUUAAAAAGAUGAAAAGAUAAGAUAAAUGGAAAUUAAUUAUAAAUCAGAAAUAGGAAAAUUAAAUGAAGAGUUAAUAUAGGCAAAAGAAUAUAGAAACUAAAUAGAAUAAAAUUAAGUCAAAUUGAUUGAAUAAGAAUAAAUAAAAGAUUAAGAAUUAUUAUAAGUUAAAGAAUUAUUAAUAUAAAAAUAAAAUGAAAUAGAUUCAAUUGAUAAGUUAUUAAAUGAAAGAGUUUUAUAUAGUGAAGAAUUGAAUGGAAAACUGAUGUUGGUUUCAAAAGAAUUGAGUCUAUAUAAAAAUUAAAAUAAAGAUUUAUAAUAAUAGAUAACUUAAUAAUCAGAAUUAAACUAAAAUAUUAUAAAUACCUUAAAAUUAAAAGUUAAUGAAUAAGAUUUACUUAUAAUUCAUUUAUAGACAUAAGUAAAAGAUCUUGAAUGCUAAAUGAAUUCAAAACUAAGUGAUAUUAUAUCAUAAUAAAAGGAUUUAGUCAAUUAAAAAUAAUAAGAAUUGGAUAAAAAUUAAAAUCAAUUAAUUCUACUUAAAAAUUAAUAUUUAUAAUUAUAAAGAGAAAAUGAUGAUUAAAUAAAGUAAAUUACAAUUUUAUAACAGAUAAAUAAAAAUAAAGAUCUUUAAAUAAAUGAUUUUGAAAAUGAAAUUAAUAGAUUAAAUUAAUAAGUUAAUACAAUAAAUAAUUAGAAUUAAUUAAAAUAAGAAGAAUUAGAUAAUGUAUUAAAUCUAUUAAAAGAUCGUGAAUAAUAGAUUGUUAAUCAGAUUGAACUUCUAAAUACUUAACAAUAAUUAUAAGUGAAAUUAGAAUCAGAAUAUAAUGAAAAGUUAAAUAAUUUAAAUUAAAUUUCAAUGAAUUAGUUAGUAGAAUAAUUAUAAAUGGAAAAGGAAAAAGCAACAGAAGAAUUGUAAAAUAAUAAUGAAAAAUUGAAGGACAUGGUUAAAAAUCAAUAGACAAUUUGUCAAUAAUUAAAUGAAUAAUUAUUAUCUAAAGAAAAAGAAUUAUAAGAAUAAGGAAUUUUAAUUGAAUAAUAUCAGUAAUAGGUAUUGUAAUUAAAUGAAGAAUUAACAUUAAUAAUGGAUGAAAAGUCUUAAUAGAACUUAAAGAUUCAUUAACUAAGAACUAGUAUUGAAAAGAUAUAAUAAGAUUUAGAGAUCAAAAAUAUUUAAUUAAAGAAUAGUGAUUUGGAAUUAGAAAAUUAAAAGUAAGAAUUUGAAAGUUAAUUUAAUGAACUUGGAAAUCAAAAUAAAGAAUUAAUUAUUAGACUUAGUGAAUUGUAGUAAGAGAAUAAUGAAUUAUUAGAAUAAGUAAAAAAGAGAGAGAAUGAAUUAAAAAUAUAGAUUUUUGAGAUGGAAGAGAAGAAUCGUUUUGAAAAUGAGGAAUAAAAUAAAAUUAAUUAAAUUUUAUAGUAAGAGUUAUCUAUAUAAGAAGUAAGUGAAGAGAAUGUUAUUAAUGCUUUAUCUUAAAUAAAGAAUGAAUUUUAAGAAUUAUUAGAUAAAUAAUCUUAAUAUUCAACAUUAAUAUUUUAAUUAUAUUCUGAAUUAUUGACAGAUGAUGAAGAAGAAGAUGUUGAAAAAUAGAUCUAAGUUAUUAGUAAUUAAAUAGCAGGAUUAAUUGAUAUUAAAGAUAAAUAUAAGAAGAUAUAAAAUGAAUUCGAAGGUGAGGGAGAUAUUCUCAUAAAAAUUAAGGAAUUGAAGAUAAGUGAAUAGAAAAAAUAGAGUAGUAAUACAUAGGAUGUAAAAUCAAUAGAGGCUUAUUCUUAAUUAUUAGAUGGACUUAUGCAAGAAUUCUUACAUAAUAGAGUUAAUUUAACUAUGCAAUCCAUGAAAUCAUUAUUAACAGAUCAAUAAAGAUAAAAUGUUAAUGAAUAUAGAAAGAAGAUUGGAGAAUUAUAGAAUAAAUUAUUAUAAGCAGAAAAAUAAUAAAAAUGUAUUGAUGAUACAAAAUUCAAUUUAUAAUAAUAUUAAUAAAUUGUUGAUAAAUCAGAAGUAAUUAUAUUAAUUUUAUGUUUUAGUAAAAAGCUAUGUAUUAUGAAAUGGAAUGCAAGAAAUUAGUAUAAUAAAUCUAAGAAAUAAAAUAGAAGAUACCUCAAAGAAUGAGUUUAAAUGACUUAGAUUAAGAUUAAUCAGAGUAACAUAGUUUAAAUAUUUUGAAUUUUUCAUUAAGACAAGAAAUAUUAUAUGGAGAUGAUUCAUUUUUUGAUAAUAUUAGUUAAAUUAAAGAUGAUGAUGCACAUUAGAAAUGUUAAUAAUAAAUUGUAAAUUAUUUAAAAUACUUUUAGUUUAACUUAGUAGAAGAAUGUUAAUUAUUAUAAGAAUAAUUAAAUAUGCAAAGAGAAGACAAGAAUAUUUAAAUUAAAUGA